GUGAGUGUGAUGAGUGACGUGUUGAGUGACUGGUGAUAGUGGGCGGGGCCAGUAAAGCUGAAGAUCACUGAUAAGAGCUGAAGAAAGAGGAAGAAAGUCAAGCAGUCACAUGUAGAGACACACAGACAACAUUCAGCAUCAAGAAGAUCAACAGAGCUGCUGUGAAGCUGAACUCAAGUCACAAUGAACAUCCUCCUCAUCUUCACUUUCUUCAUCAUCUCAGGUGCUGUGAGAUGCUUCGAUGUCAUUGGAUAUUCUGGAGGAAGAGUUCUUGUGAAUUCACACAAACUUUGGCACACUGGCUAUAAACAAUAUCUAUAUAAAAAGCACAGAGAUGUAUUGAAUAUCCUAAUAGAAAACAUUAAACAUUAUAAAUGGAUUAAAGAGAGAAGAUUCACUCUGUUUUGCAAUGAAAAUGGACAUUUCAUGAUCUUCAUGAGAGAUGUGAACACACAGGAUUCUGGAACAUACCGGAUUGGUGUUGAUGGUCACUGGUCUAUUGAUAUGAGUCUGAAAGUGAAAGAAGAUUCAUGUUGUGGGGCGUCACAGAGAGUGAUGGUCAAUACUGGACAAACUGCAAACUUCACAUGUCAAUAUUCACAAGAUUAUAAGACUGAUGAGAAGAUGAUAUUUAAAGAAGGGGAAAAAUUCAUUGAGAUGAAAGACACUGACAUAUGGACAGAAAGGGAUCAGGAGGGAAAAUUCCACAUAUCUGAUGAUAGAGAUAAUUAUCACUUCAGUGUGAGAAUAACUGAUGUGAGAUCAGAAGAUGCAGGAGUUUAUUUAUGUGGAGUUUGGCUCAAUGAAAUCUCCUACAGUUACUCCAUUCUUACUGCUGUUCAUCUUCACAUUAUGAGUAAAGUGGGUGUGGUCACAGCGAGCGGAUACUCAGCAGGUGGAAUCAUCUUCAAGUGUCAUCACCAUCAAUACAAAAGCAACACAAAAUAUGUGAGUAAAGAAUCAGAUGGAUGUUGUGAGAGGAAGUCUCCAUCAGUUCAGGAUCAGUGGAUGGACAAUGGAGAUGUUUGUGUGUAUGAUGACACCAGAGCAGGAGUCUUGAUGGUGUAUUUUAGAGAGCUGAACGCUGGACAUGCUGGAACAUACAGGUGUGGAGUGAAUCCAUCUCAAUAUACUGACACAUUCACUCAAGUCCAGCUCCACAUUAAAGACGAUACAGUUUUGUCUCAUUGGUGGGUGAAUAAAUCUGUUUCUGUUGGUGAUGAAGUCAAUAUUACCUGUCAGAUCCCAGAGGAACAUCAAUUCAGUCCAAAAGUCUUCUGUAAAGAGGAUGAAAAUCACAUCUGUCAAAGCGUCAUCAGAUCUGAAGUGAAAGUAAAUGAUUUCUCUGAUAAAAGUGUUUUUACUGUGAUCAUCAGUGAUGUGACAGUGAGAGAUGCUGGAGUUUACUGGUGUGGAGCAGAAACCAGUCGCACAGAUUUCACUUUCAUCUCUCUCACCACUAAAGUUCAACUCAAACUCAGCAGUAAAGUGGGUGUAGUCAGAGUGACCGGCUACAUAGGAGGUGGAAUCAUCUUCAAGUGUCAUCACCAUCAAUACAAAAGCAACACAAAAUAUGUGAGUAAAGAAUCAGAUGGAUGUUGUGAGAGGAAGUCUCCAUCAGUUCAGGAUCAGUGGAUGGACAAUGGAGAUGUUUGUGUGUAUGAUGACACCAGAGCAGGAGUCUUGAUGGUGUAUUUUAGAGAGCUGAACGCUGGACAUGCUGGAACAUACAGGUGUGGAGUGAAUCCAUCUCAAUAUACUGACACAUUCACUCAAGUCCAGCUCCACAUUAAAGACGAUACAGUUUUGUCUCAUUGGUGGGUGAAUAAAUCUGUUUCUGUUGGUGAUGAAGUCAAUAUUACCUGUCAGAUCCCAGAGGAACAUCAAUUCAGUCCAAAAGUCUUCUGUAAAGAGGAUGAAAAUCACAUCUGUCAAAGCGUCAUCAGAUCUGAAGUGAAAGUAAAUGAUUUCUCUGAUAAAAGUGUUUUUACUGUGAUCAUCAGUGAUGUGACAGUGAGAGAUGCUGGAGUUUACUGGUGUGGAGCAGAAACCAGUCGCACAGAUUUCACUUUCAUCUCUCUCACCACUAAAGUUCAACUCAAACUCAGCAUGCCUCCAGUGUUUGGAGAUGAAGGAGGAUCUGCUCACAUCAUCUGUCCUUAUGAUCCCAUCUAUAAAUCAAAGUCCAAAAAACUGUUGAAGAGUUGUAGAGAUGAAAAGACUCUCAUGGAGAUGAACAGAUGGAGUGUGAAUGAUGACAUGACAGCAAGUGUGUUUAGUGUGAACAUCACUGGACUGACAGCAGAGGAUGCUGGGAAAUACUGCUGUGCAGUGACAUUAGAAACAGACGUGAUUUAUCUUUACACUCAUCUCAUUAUUCUCAUCAAACAGGAGCUUCUCUUGAAUAAGCGUGAAGGAGACAACAUGUCAAUGGAGUGCAAACAUCACGCUGAAUAUCAGAAAGUCUUCUGUAAAGCACAUGAAGUCUCAAUGUGUGUCAAUGAUGGAGUUUCAUUCCAGUGGAUCAGAGAUGAUGGAUUCUCUUUAAGUGAUGAAACAUCUACUGGAGUCUUUACUGUAAACAUCAGUCAUCUGAGAGAAGAGCAUUCUGGGAUAUACUGGUGUGGAUCUCACAUCAUCACUAAAGUGCAUCUAGAAGUAAAAAGAAGUGUUUUUGAAAAGAUCAUCGCUGGUAUCUGUGUGACCCCGCUGCUGAUGGGAGCAUUGAUCCUGAUGUUAUGUAAAUUUAGAUAUCUCACGACUCGAGGCACAAAUGGCCAGACAGAGAGAAAACAGCGGACGAUUGGAGAGGUGUCUCAUGCUGCCUGUGACUACGAGAAUGUUCAAGACCUCAGACCGGAGCGUUUAGCCUCACACCACACAGAAGCUGUGAUCUAUUCUACUGUUGGGAUCCCCGCAAACCCUCCUCAUCCACACACGAUAUAUUCUACUGUACAAUUACCCACAAUCCCCUCUGAUGAUGUGCUGUACGCUGCUGUCAGUUUCCACAAGCAUGCAGAUUCUCUCAGUGAUGCUACGGUCACCUUCAGUAAGGACGAGAGUUUAACCGAGUACGCCACUGUCAAUCGCAACACAAGACUCAACUAAAAGUUUUUUAUUUAUUUGUUAUUUAUAGACCUUGUAGUGUUUUUUAGUACGUGUUUCAUAUUAUACGAGAUCACAUUAGGCACAUUUAACCCAGUGAAGAACAAAAUGCCGUUCCAGACCUGAAACCAUACUGUAUAUACUGUACAUGCUCUGUUCGUGUUUGUCUCCCCCUGCUGGUCAGUAUCAAACAUGCCAUUAAAACCACCUCCAGUUCUGAUGUUUAGGGACAUUUUGCCUAGCUGAUAAUAAAAUGGAAG